GUCUAAAAGGUUUUGGGGCGUGGUUUGAUAAUUUUUUGAGGGCGUGUACUGCAAGGCAGAAUGAGUGUUGGUUCAAAGCUUAAAAACUUUUUCUCUGGUGGAGAUGAGGAAGAAGAAACCAUUCCAGAACCAGAGGAAGAUGAUACCAGAGGAUUUCUAACAGAUUCUGUAGAUUCAGUAAAAAGUAAAGUGACUGGAAUAAAGUUAUCUUGGCAACAGCGAAUCAUUGGGUUUAUUAUCUGUGCGGUUAUUGCAGCCAUUUUCAUUGUUGUGGGUUGUGCUAUUGCAGGUGCAAGUCCACCAGCAUUUGCUGUUUUAUUUAGUAUUGGAACGAUCACUGCUGUAGUGAGUACUUUCUUUCUAAUGGGCCCAAUAACUCAGUUAAAGAAAUUAACCAACGUCAAGGAAAACACAACCGAGGUCAUUAUAAAGAUUGUUGCUAUUGUAACGUUUAUUUUGGCAGUCAUAUUGGCCAUUGUGUGUGCAGCUGUGAAACAACCUAUACUGGCAAUCUUGUUAGCUGUUAUUCAAGUGAUAGCUCUAAUUGUUUAUGCUAUAACACUUAUUCCAUUUGCAAUGAGUUUCAUUAUAAGAGGAUGCAAGUCCAUAUUCUCUACAGUGUCAUCUGGUUAAGGGACAGUAACUCGCAUUGUAAUAAUUAUAAUACUUUGUACGUAUUUGUAUGCAAUGAUUUAAUGACUUUAAACCAGUCAAUGGAACUGGCAGAUACAUCAAU